AGGAAGCCCCCCUGGACCAGGAAGCCCUUCUGGAGCAGGAUGAGUACCCCAGGCCCAAGAGCAGCGGGGCAGAUGCAGGGCAGGAGCCCCCUCAAUCGGCCACCCUUUGCCCAGCAGGACAAGUCAGGGACAGCCCCCCCGGGCAGGAGCAGUGAUGGACCCCCCCUGGACCCUCAGCCAGCAGCACCCGCAAGAGCCGAAGCCUUCAAAGCAGCAGGGAUGUCGCUGCCAUUUCGGAGACCCUUCCGAUUAAACCAAGGACGAGCCUUCCUCCAGAGCCAAAUCAAAUUUAACUUCAACAAACGGCAAAUCAAGUCCAAAAUGGAGCAGAAACUUUCAAGGGUGAGAAGGUGGAGAACGCAGCCCACUUCUGGAGCGGUCCUGACCGUCUCAGUGUCCAACCCCCAGGCAGGCCACCUCCAGGGGCCGGGAGCAAAGCGACCCUUCCUGAGAAGGUGGAACAGGCAGACCCCGCAGCUCCGCCGGCAGCCGAGAGGAGUGACGCUCAGAUUCAACUUCCGGGCUAUGGCUAACCAGACCAGCGUGACCCUGAAUGAGCGAUUCUCUGGGCUGAGGCACGAACACCAUUUUGUGGCAGAACGCAAUGCAAGCCGGAUGGUCACUCUGCCGUAGCCCCCUUCCUUGAUGGAGUCAGGCCAAAGGUGGAAAGAGGUCAGCCCUCCAAGGCCACCAGUUAUCUGGGACUUACCUGGGGAUGACCCUCAUCAACCGCAGCUGGGGAGGAGCCUUCUCAAUGGAGAUGGUACCUUCCAGAGAUCCUACUUUCACCUGAGCAGUGGCUCCAUUCUAGACUGGCCAAGCCUGAAGGCACCUGCUAAGGAAGCUCUCCAGCUCUUGGUCCUCCCCAGGAGAAGGCUUCAUCCUCAGCGUCUGGUAUCUCCAUCUCUGCCUCUUCACAGCCUCAUGUGGAUGGGAAGGGUCACCCGGGUGACUCAGCUGAACCCAAAAUUCCAACGGUUGCUUGUUUAUUUCUUCGUUUGGCCCGGAAAGCCCCUUUUCAGCCUUGUUUUGAGGCACCCACAUCCACCGGAUUGGGGUGAUGACAUCCCCUCUGUAAUGCAGUCCUUGUGCAAAUGACGUAAAUUGUGCCAUUUAUAUAAAUCACAUCAAGGGGUGAGGAAGUCAGGACAUCUGAUUUCAUCACUGUGUCUACCAGAUGCAUCUAUUUGGGAGAAUUGUGUCAAAUUUUAGUAAACUUUAUUCUUAGAAGGAAUAAAGCUACUUUAGAAUCUGAAA